AUGCCCGGCUUCACCCACCCGCCCUCGCUCCCCUCGUCGCUCGUCUCCCUCAUCACCCAUUUCUACGCAACAUCCGACAAGCCCGACGCAGUAGACGAUUACCUCUCUUUCCUCACUCCCGACGUCGAGUUCGUGAUGGGUCUCAACGCAGUGCGCGGGUCGAGCGCGGUCCGAAAGAUUAGGGAAAACAUGUGGGGUGGCGUGAAGACUCGUCAUCAUGUCCCUUCAGCCGUUUAUACGAACGCAGACGGCUCGGAACUCAUGGUUCACGGGACUGUCACGUACGGUCUGCGGAACGGGAAGAAAGUGGAGAACGUUGGCUGGGCUGCGUUGAUGGUGUUCGAGGAGGAGGGGAGGAAGAGGGAGGAGUGGAAGAUGAGGCGGUAUCAGGUCUGGCUCGACGGCGCACCGCUCUCAAAGGCGCUCGCGGAACAGGCUGCUGAGGGACAGUAG